AUGGCGUUGCAAGUGCGUGCGAAUGCACGCAAGCACACUGAGCCGCCAGCACACUAUGUUGUAUUGAAUGAGUGGAUACGUGGUGCUGUGCGUGCGGGCUUUCAAAAUCCAUGGGAUAGCUGGCACAAGCCGACCGCGACCGAGGUGCUGCAGGGACUCGAGUGGGGCGAGCGGCCCGGUUCGCCCGCCCCUGCCCCUGGGACGAUGCUCGACAAUCUCGCAGCGACUUUCAAACGGCUUGUGCCCGACACGCCCGAAGUGCCGGGCUUGCAGUCGAAUGCGAGCCAGAAUGAGUGCGAAAAAGUGAUGUAUUCAUCGCUCGAUGUCCAAACUCCCGACUUUGCGUUCGAUGCCAGCGUCGAGCGCGCACAUGCGACAUGGCUUGGUCACGCCGGCGUGCUUUUGCAGCUCCCCUCGCUUUCUCCGGGUGGCCGAGCGCUUACUGUUCUUUUCGAUCCCAUCUUCUCGCAGCGGUGCUCGCCGUCGCAAAUGUUUGGGCCUACGCGCUUUUAUCCUGCGCCGUGCAGUGUUGCAGACCUUCCCGCCAUUGACGCAGUGAUUAUCUCGCACAACCACUAUGAUCACCUGGACACCAGCACAAUUACAGCGUUAUGGCAGCGCUUCCAAGGCGCGACUCAUUUCUUUGUGCCCCUUGGCAACAAGGACUGGUUUAUCCAGGCAAAUGUGCAGCCAGACGCUGUGACGGAGCUUGACUGGUGGCAGGAUGCAACGAUAUACCCCGAGGGCGCGACGCCCACCCACAAUGGGCCAUCGCUGCGUGUGAUUUGCACCCCUGCACAGCACGGCUCUGGGCGCACCGCGACAGAUACAGACCACAGCCUUUGGGCCAGCUGGUAUUUGGAACACCGCGGUGCAAACGACCCUACAGAUAUGUACCGCGUAUUCUUUGGCGGCGACUCUGGCUUCCGUUUUCGUGUGGGGAGCGAAGAAACGCACCGCAGCGGCGAACGCACGCCCAGCACCGGCGCCGACAACUCUCGCUGCUCUUCGCCCGUCCCAGUGCUUGAUUUGGAAAGCGACGAGCACGCAGCACCCGAAAGCGAAUCACCGCCGAGCGGCACGGAGCGCGAGUCCCGCCGACGCACACUUUCAUUUGCACACGCGAGCUCACCGCUCCGAGCACUUUCACGCAGCUCUGUUCGCCGUGCAGACAGGCGCAAGAGUGAAGCGCGCGGUGCCGGCGCGCACGUCUAUCCCGAAUGCCCCGCGUUUGCAGAGAUUGCCGAGCGCUUCGGCGCGCCGGAUCUCUCGAUGCUGCCUGUGUCUGUCGGCGCGACAUAUGCAUAUUUGAAAAGCUUUGACCCUCUUCCCGACUGGAUCAGUCCUAUCCCGCGGCUCUCCGAUGGGCUCACCGGCGCGAAUCAUAUGAGUGCAUCCGACGCCGUCACCAUUUUUACGCUCAUGCAAGGACGUGCGGAUCCCUCCAUUCCUCUUUGUAAACGACCGCACAUAAUAUCCGAUGCACAGCGGAAGACAAGACAGCCUGUGGCCCUUGCCAUUCACUGGGGCACCUUUGUGGACGGUGCAGCAGAAGUUGCAGAGACGAUGCAGCGGCUGCAAUGGGCGUGCGAGCGACAAAAUGUACGCUACACGCGCACAUAUGCUCCCGGCCAAUUAAAGCAUGGCUAUACACAGGAUGCAUCUACGUCUGCGGAUCCAAGCGCGCCUGUGUUUGUCCUCGUGAACCAUGGCCAGAGCAUUGCCAUUCCCCAAGGACCGCUCGUAGCCUCCACAACCUCCACAUGUUAG